AUGGUCAAGACUUCCGUCCUCCACGAUGCUCUCAAGAGCAUCAACAACGCCGAGAAGGCCGGCAAGCGCCAGGUCAUGAUCCGCCCCAGCUCCAAGGUCAUCACCAAGUUCCUGCAGGUCAUGCAGAAGCACGGCUACAUUGGCGAGUUCGAGGAGGUCGAUGACCACCGUGCCGGCAAGAUCGUUGUCCAGCUCAACGGCCGCCUGAACAAGACCGGUGUUAUCUCCCCCCGAUUCAACGUCCGCCUGACCGACCUCGAGAAGUGGGUUGUCCGCCUGCUCCCCGCCCGUCAGUUCGGCUAUGUCAUCCUGACCACCUCGGCUGGUAUCAUGGACCACGAGGAGGCUCGUCGCAAGCACGUCUCUGGCAAGAUCAUCGGCUUCUUCUACUAA